AUGGAAUUAUUUGAAAAUAUUGAUGGAGAUUAUCAAUUACAAUUUAUUAGAGAUAAUGUUCAUAUAAUUAAUAAUUGGACUGGACUAAGAUGUAAAGAAAUAUUAAUAGAUAGUAAGUAUGAUUUAUGGGUAGAUAAUAAAGCAUAUGUUUUAGCACAUUAUAUUUAUCAACAAAAGGAUAUUGUGUUUUUAUUAAUUUGUGAUCAAUAUUUUUUUGGAUUUUUUAAUUCACAAUGUUUACAAACAUAUAGUUCAAAUAAUACUCAAUACAUUCAAAAAGGAAAUGAAUUCUUUUCAUUUAUAAUUUAUAAAGAACAUAUCUCUCCAAAAAUUUCAGAAGUACAAUUUGGAAGAACAGAAAUAAUUGGAAUCCCACCUAAAGAAGAUACAGAAAAAAUAUUUGAAAUAAAAGAUGGAAUGGUGUUAGAUAGUCAUUUAAUUGCUACUUUUACACAAGACUUUCAUAAAAUUUAUGGAUUAAAUAAUUUAGAAACGAAUAUUCCUUUACAAAUAAAACGAUUUAUUGUUCUAAAAUUUGAAUAA